AACUCUCUCAUUUGGCCACAUCUAACUCUUCACACGUAAAGCAGCCUGCGCGUUUAACACGCUUCAUUGGACCUACAGUAGAAGCAUCACAACGUCUCUGCAACAUGGAGCUUCAGAUACGUGUUUUUUGUCUCUUCUUGUUUCUCUCGACUCUGCUCUCGGUGUCUCAGGCCUACACCUUCUACGUUGGUGGAAAAGAUGGGUGGGUUUUGUACCCUUCUGAGAAUUACAAUCACUGGGCUGAAAGGAUGAGGUUCCAAGUCAGUGACACUCUCGUUUUCAAGUACAAGAAGGGAUCGGACUCGGUUUUGGUGGUCAACAAGGAGGAUUAUGAGAAAUGUAACAAGAAGAACCCGAUCAAGAAGCUUGAGGACGGUGACUCCCAGUUUCAGUUUGAUCGGUCGGGUCCCUUUUACUUUAUCAGUGGCAAAGAUGAUUACUGUGAAAAGGGUCAGAAACUUAUCAUUGUGGUGUUGGCUGUGAGAGAGCCUCCUCCAUCUCCUCCAAAAACUCCUUAUCCACCUCAAACUCCUUCCCCUCCCAUUGUUCCUCCAAAAACACCUUCUCCCACUUAUGCUCCUUCCCCAAAUAACCAUCCACCCCAUGUUAUUCCUUCACCUCCACAAACACCUUCUCCAACUUAUACUCCUUCCCCUGGCCACCAACCUUUUGUCCCAAUUCCUCCAACCACCCCCUCUCCGAUUUCUCAGCCACCCUACACCCCAACCCCUCCCAAAACCCCUUCCCCUACCCAUCAACCUCCCUUUGUUCCAGUAACACCAUCGCCAUUUUCUCAAGCACCUUAUGUGCCACCACCACCCAAAACUCCUUCUCCUACCUCCCAACCACCUUACAUUCCAACACCGCCCGAAACUCCUUCUUCCUCCCCGAUAUCUCAGCCACCUUACAUUUCCAGACCACCAUCCACCACCCCUUCUCCCAUUUCCCAACCUCCCUACACCCCACCACCUUCAAACACUCCUUCCCCAACAUCUCAACCACCCUACCCUUAUCCCAAUUCCCCUAUCGCUCAACCCCCAUUAUCAGCAUCACCCUAUCCAUCCACCAUCCCUCCCCCAUCAUACCCACCUUCCACCUUCGCUCCGGCCACUACACCCUCCACUGCGUCGCCACCAUCGCCGUCUCCGCCAACCGCCACCUCUCCCCGGGGAUCACUACCGGCAGCAACUAGCCCAUCGCCAUCGUCUUCGUCCGGAUCGUCCUCCAACGAAACGACGCCGUCCCGGCCAAACGGCGCCUCGUCUAUAUCUGAAUCGCGUUUUGGACUGUACUCAAUAACCAUUCUGGUCGGUGCUGCUCUCAGUACCAUUCUUGGUUAGAAAACCAAACUUGUUAUCAGUAGUAUUAAUUUUUGUUUUUGGAACUUUAAUUUUUAUUUUAUUAAUAUUUUUAUUUGAACAUAUGACAGAUAUCGAUAAUUAAAAUUUAUAUUGUAUAAUGAUAAAUAAUAUGAAUUCUGUGUGUCUAUGGUUACCAAUGUAGUCAGUUAUGUGUGUGUGGAAA